AAGCAUCUUUGUCUCCCCAAGGAAUUAAGCAGCUAGAAAUGAAGGGAAGGGGAUUGGGGGAGAAUGAGCCCGAGGCAGCUAUGGACCGAUCUCUGCAAAGGAAUUAAAGAAAGUCAUUUAUGCCUCUUCCAAACCUGCUCUGCUGGCAGGAUAGGGAAAUAAAUGAUCACAUCCUAGCUGAGAGACCACUUCCCCGCGGGAGACCCUACAGAGGAGGGGUGAAGCUUAGCCACGGGUUUCCACUGAGGCUCCCAAAUCCCAAAUCGGGAGUGGGGGUGGGUGGAAACGUGCGGGGUUGUGGGCGGGGGCACCAAGAGCUUCGGCUGCCAGCUCUGCGCAACACAGCCUUCCACAAAGCUCCACCAAGAAGGAAAAAUAGCACCGUGGUGUCCAGGGAAUAUGCAAGGGCUGGCGCUGCAAAUUCAGUGCUACCAGUGUGAAGAAUUUCAGCUGAACAACGAUUGCUCGUCCCCUGAGUUCAUAGUCAAUUGCACCGUGAACGUUCAAGACAUGUGUCAGAAAGAAGUGAUGGAGCAAAGUGCGGGGAUCAUGUACCGGAAGUCGUGUGCAUCGUCAGCAGCCUGCCUCAUCGCCUCAGCUGGGUACCAGUCCUUCUGUUCUCCCGGGAAACUGAACUCCGUGUGUAUCAGUUGCUGCAACACCCCUCUUUGCAACGGGCCGAGGCCCAAGAAGAGAGGCAGCUCCGCUUCGGCCAUUAGGCCGGAGCUUUUUACCACCGUCCUGUUCUUCAACUUAGCCCUCUGCUUGGCACACUGCUGAAGCUAAAGGAGAUGCCCACCCCUGCUGCCUCAUCUGUCCGGCCCUUCCUCUCUCACCUUCCCGAGUCUCUUCUGGCUGUCCUUCUAUUCUGGGUAGACAAGGGAGUCCUUUUGUUCCCUUUCGAGUAACAAGAUUGUGUGCACAAAUACUUUUGUAAGCUCUGAACCAAUUCACAAUUUCCGUGUGUAGUUGAAGAAAAAGCAUGGAGCAGAAAGCCCAGACCCUCCCAUCCCAAUCUGGUUAACCACCGCCAAGGCUAUCCUGGAAGAAUCAGCCCUUAGAAGUCAUUGAGAUAUGUGUCUGUCUUUCCCAAAGCCUGGAGCUUCCAUUCUGUCCCAAUAGGAGUCACAGUCUAUUCGGGGGCUGCGGCGUGAAGGUAACUUUGCAUCUGUGGGAGGGAAGAACCAGUUUCUGCUCAAGGCUUCUAACUUGACAUUCACACUUCCUGCUCCUGUAAACUAUUUUCUGUGGCGGAACCAGCAGGUUUGGUCUCUGAGCCGGUCUGUGGUGACUCAGGACUCAAGGGCUGGUGCUCGCCCUCUAGAGGCUUAGCCUCCGCCUGAAAAGUGCUUAAGAAAACCUUGUUAGUUCUCCGGGAGGAAGAGUUACUACGCCGGGAGGCUAGGAAGAUGAGCGGGCUUCGGGCUGAGCGGCUGCUGUUUUUGGUAGAGCUGAAGUAGGCACGCUGCUGUUUCUCCUGGUUGGCAUGCUGCAGAGUCAGCCGGCAGCAGAGAACCUGCCAGAAAACCUUCCGGAACUGCUGAGAAGACACGUUGUAGAGGAGAGGGUUGACCACGGAGCUGAGGUAGAAGAAGGUGUCGGAGAAGGGGAGGAGGAUCAUGUACGCCUUGAAGUACGACUUGGUCCAGUCAUGUUUGGGUUUUGCUGCGGCCAUGAUCCGUCGGAUCUGAUUUGGCAUCCAACACACGGCCAGUGUCACCACGAUCAGUCCUGGGCAGGCGAGAAGAGGAGAGAAAAGGAGACGGGGAGAAAAACAGCAUGAGAACAAAAAUAAAUAAAUAAACACCCAUAAAAUAUUCAGCCCCUUGGUUCUGUUGCUUACUGGCUGGGAAACGGUACCAAUCUUUCAGUGCUGUGCUUGACGGCUUCUUUUUUUGCCACCGGCAAAGGAGAAUUUAAUGCUGCUUCAAGCUCAGGGGACUUGGCUAUGUUAAAAAGCGUUAAAUGCUUUCGACAGUGUAUUUAUACCUGUGGAUGCCUGUUAAUUUUCAAAAUGUUUUCAUUGUUGCUCGUGAAUCCAGAAAAUAUCUCAUGUUGGCCAUAAACCUGCUUUUGUCUUUUUGUUUCUAGACGGGUCCAUAAGCUGUAGCCACAGUAGAUGAAGUGGUAACUGUUCUAUAAACAGUGACUGAACUAGGAAGACACGGUGAUGUUUUGAGGUCACAUGGAAGUUGUUUCACUUCGGCUAAACAAAUGCAGUUUCUGAUGCUGGUUUUUGCGUCUAAUUUCAGGAGAAGCAAAAUUAGGGACAGGCAGUUAUAGAGAAGACGUACCCACCACUCAGCCCUGCUCCUUGUGCAUGAGGCACUGAUUAUCCAGACGCCCAUCUGGGUGCCCCAUCUUGGCUUACAUAAUCACAGCUUCUUCUAAGUUCUUACAAACUGAAAUCACAAGACAGUGUGUGUGUGUGUGUGUGUGUGUGUGUGUGUGUGUGUGUGUGUGUGUGUGUGUAGAUGGUAUGUAAAUGUAUGUCCCAAAUGGUAAACAUAGCUCCAUCUGUAUCAGCAUCCCUACUUCCUGUCAAACACUUUUGGAAGUCCCUUCCACUUUCGCUUGGGGAAACAAAUUGUCCCCAGACACCAAAAUCUCUAAAACUCAUUUUAUGUGCAGACAGGGGCACAUCGUCUGCCACUGUCGCACUGAGCCGCAGUGUGGUUGGCCAGGAAGGAUCAGGCCCUGCAGAAGCAGUACCAUGCAGCCCAGCCUGAGGCUGAGGCAUUAGCUAUCUGGACACUUAAUUUGCAUUCCCCAAGCUGAUAUUCUGGCCCCCACGAUCACGGCGAAUUCUACAAUCUGACAAACACCUAAAGUCAUAAGACGAUGGCGCUUUACUGACAAAGCAGGGAAACAGGCCCGGGAACCUUUAGGACUUUACUUUCUCUCUUCCUGAGAAACUGAGCAUCCAGAGCAAACAUCCCCAGGAGAGGGGCUGACGGUGUCUUAAAGCAAGGAUUUGAUAGCACUGAAGAGAUGUUGGCUCAGCGGUUAAGAUGUAAGUGCUGUUCCCAGCAUGCAUCGGGUGGCUCACAAUGGCCUGUCACUCCAGCUGCUGGGGCGGGGCAUCUGAGAGCUUCUGGCUACCUCAGCACCUGCACUUAAGUGCAUAAGCCCUCCCCACACAUACAUAAAACAACAUAUAUAUUUUUAAUUGUGCAUUUGACAAGUAAUUCUUCCCACUCUGAACACAAUUAGCUAGGUCACUACUGGGAAGUAAAAACAUAGUCACAGUUCCUGCCUAGAGGAGAUGGUAAAUAGUUCACUAAUUAAGGAUCCCAGGCAAACAGACACAACCACGAGCUCAGGGUUAGCUCAAGUAUCCCUUGACAGUACAUAACUCAGCUUCCCCCAAAGACAGAACCUCUGAACAAAACCCGUCUGUCAGCAGGGAGAGCCUGGGAAACUCUAGUCCUCUGAAUUUCCAAGGAUUCUUUCUGUCAAACCUCAUCCAGGGCUUUGAAAUACACACCAAUGUGCUUAUUUCUUCCCUUUGAAUUUGCUUCCCUGAGAACAGUCAGUAAAUCUAGGAAUAAAAUAGGCAAAGUAAUAUAUUGAUCCAACGAAAAGGCUAAAUAAAUAAAUAGAUACUAUCUCAAGUCAAGAGCAGAUUCAAGAUCACCUUGUUACUACUGCUGGAUUGAAAAAAAAAAGACAACCAAAAAUACUCACAUUUCUGAUUUUAAAAAAAAUCGCCUGCCCAGGAAACUGGGACUUUGAGGGGCUCCCGGCACCUAUGCAGGAUUUGUUCUGAAGUUUCUACGGCUCUGAGCGACUAGUCCAGUAUUGAUUGUGUUGGAGAACAGAUACCUGAGCACACGGGGAAGCUGCAGGUUUUCACAAAGCCUCACAGGUUUCUUUUGUUCCUCUGUGCCUGAAUUCUGCAGAACAAGUUCGUCCAUCGUCCAAGAAUGCAUUUGUUAGAAUAUAGGGAUUGAACGCAGAGCUUUCUGUGUGUGCCAUGCGACAGACACUGUGGGAGGUUGCUCUUUGAGAAUCUAGAAAGCUGACUAGACGCUCCCCGUACCUCCCACAGGCUGAACAAGACAUAGCCUUGAAACGCACCAGCAAAGGUGCUGAGAGAAGCCAGGUUGGGAAGGAAGACGAGACACGUUGGGGAAAAGGGAGAAGGAGGAAAGGUUUUGGGGAGGAGGAGGAGUAAGAAGAAGAGGAGGGAGAGGAGAGGGAGGAGGAAGAGGAGGAGGAUAAACUAUAUGGUGGAAGAGAGAUAGGUCUGGAGAGAUGCUGAGGAGAAGCAUCAUCAUGAAUCUCCUUUAGCACUGCAUUGUCUCAUCUCCUGCUCAUACAGACUUCCAUCCACUUCCUACCUGUGUUUGCUCAGUCUAAACCACCCUGCAAUUGUCAUCCCAUUUAAAAAAUAAUAAUAAAAUAAAAGUGGAAUAAAAAAAGAGAAAGAAAAAUGAGGGGAAGAAACCCAGGGUCCGGGUAGAAGAAAGAGAUGGGGAAGGCUGUGAUCUGGGGCUUGCUCUGUAGUUUCAGCCAGAACAACAUCCUGACUGUAAGAUCGAAGUUAAAUAACAAAUGGGAGAUGAGUCCUGUUCGGUGAGUAGCAGCGAAUGGGGGAAGAGAUCAGAACUCCUCAAUGAUUACUAAGUUUUCUGGCUGUAGAAGGAGGCAGGUAGGAUGGUGAGGACAGACUUGGAAGACAGACAUAGAGUCUGAACAGAAAUGGAUGGUUCUAACUAGACCACACAAGCAGCUCUAGAGACAGGACCAGGGACAAGAGACAGGAAGGAACCCAGCUUCCUGAGCUCCAGCAUCUGGACUCACUUCCCACAUGGGUCUCUCUUCUCCCCACAACCCAGAGAGGCCAAAACAAUCAGUAUCUUCAUGGAGCAAGUGAGAAAGCUGCCCAUCUCCUGAACAUGUGAUCCAGGCUCCCUUUCCCUCUCAAGAUACAUAACUGUCCAUUGGUCCUAUUUUCAGAUUGAUAAAGAGGCACAGGCAAGACGGCUACAGAGAUGGCUCAGUUGUUAGAGAGCUUGCUUUUCAAGAGUUCAGAUCUCGGGUACCCACAUGAGCGGUGGAUGGACAUGAGGAACCCAACAGUAAUACCAGUCUUGAGAUUCGGUACUACAGAUUCCCAGAGCAAUAAAGCUAGUAAGACUAGGCACAUGAGUGACCUCCAAGGUUGACUGAGAGCCCCUGUCUCAGUGAAUCAGGAUGAGGAGUUAACAAGGAUGAUACUCAACAUGAACUUUGGGCCUCCACAUGCAAACCCAUAUGCCCACUCACAGGUACCCACAUAAGUAUGCAAGCAUACAUGCAUAUAUGACACAUAAAGAUGGACAUGAAAAUUGCAAAAAAAAAAAAACCAAAACAAAAGUUUGACAGACAAGAAAGUAGUCAUUAACCAAACCCAUGCAUAACAUGACUCUAUCCACUGAAAUAACAUAAACCAUAUAUUUAAUUUAAAAUCCUUCAGUCACGUUAAAAAUGAAAAAAAUAACGCUCAGUGAUAAUUUUUAUAAUGCUACCUAAGUCAGCACAUGUAUAGCUGGAUUUCCUACAUGAAACACAGAAUCAUCAUGAAACUUAUUCGUGGGGUAAUUUUGAUUCUGCCGUCAUACCAAAUCUCCAACUGUUUCCCAAAUACGUACACAGUUAAUCCCAAGGAACUGCCCAAGUAGCUAGUAUUUGCAACACUAUGAAGCGCUGAUGAACCCGGAUUGGAUUUUGAUGGUGUAGAUUCUUUUGCUAGCCUCUCCGGAGAAACCCUCUGUAAAAGUGAUGGUCAAACUAUUCAAAGUCUACCUUAUUCUGGAAGGACAGAAACGUCUUCUGCGUGUCUCAUGUCACUAUGUCUGUGUUUCAAAAGAUAAUUUGUUCUAGGAAAAUGGAAGGCUGGGCUUACAAGUGCCACCAACGGCAGUCUGAGUCUUGUACUCAGGGGCAUUGUGAGAGUCAAGUUAGCCUUUCUAGUACAGGAGGCCAACCAGUCCCUUUGUGUAAAAUUUAUCAUUUCAUGAUGACAGGUACUCGCUCAUUGUUACAUUUGAAAAAAAAUCGUCCUUUUCUAUGAUCCACUGUUGGGAAUGAAUACCAUACUAUGCCCAGAGUUAACUUUCUAUUCUGGCUGUUUGAAAUUGUUUCAACUCCAAUCCCAGCUACUCUUUAGCUAAUAUGAUGCUUUAAAGUCUUAUCCUUGGCUUAAUGGAGUGCAUUAAAGAUUUGACUAAAUUUA